AUGUUAAAAGCUGUGAUAUUAAUCGGAGGACCACAAAAAGGUACUCGAUUUCGACCAUUGUCCUUGGACACACCAAAGCCGCUUUUCCCAAUAGCAGGCUUGCCUCUAAUUCAGCAUCACAUAGCAGCUUGUGCAAAGCUGCAGGAAUGCAAGGAAAUAUUAAUAAUUGGUUCUUAUACAACAACACAGUUGGCUCAAUUUGUAAAUGACAUGCAGAAAGAAUACCAUGUAAUUAUAAGGUAUUUACAAGAGUUCACACCGCUUGGCACAGGUGGAGGUUUAUACCACUUUAGAGAUCAAAUCAGAGCGGGCAAUCCAAGUGCUUUUUUCUUAUUGAAUGGUGAUGUGUGUGCUGCUUUUCCAUUAAAGGAAUUGUGGACUUUUCAUGAAGAGAGACCUAGUGCUUUGGUAACAAUUAUGGGCACUGAAGCAACCCGACAGCAAUCAAUCUAUUAUGGUUGCAUGGUACGAGAGGCAUCUACCAAAGCAGUAACACAUUAUGUAGAGAAACCCAACACAUAUGUUUCUACAUUAAUAAAUUGUGGGGUUUAUGUCUGCUCACUACAAGUCUUUCAGACUAUGGCAGAAGCAUUCCAGAGGAAACAAGAUGGAUUUUAUAGUGCCAACGGACAGAACAGUCCACAUCCAGGUUAUAUGUCAUGGGAACAGGAUGUCUUAGCCCCGUUAGCGGGCACAAAUAAGCUUUACGCAAUGCAGGUCACGAACUGGUGGUCGCAAGUGAAAACAGCUGGCUCUGCGAUAUACGCUAACCGACAUUACCUAGAGCUGCACCGUCCGAAACAACCCGCAACACCGCCAUGUCAUAUACUGCCUGAUGUAUUUCUGCAUCCCACCGCUACUGUUGACAGCACUGCUGUGAUUGGCCCCAACGUGUCUAUAGGUGCAGGAGUUACGAUAAAAGCUGGUGUCAGAAUCAAAGAAUCAAUAGUAUUAAAUAACGCCACCAUACACGAACACGCUUUGGUUAUGUAUUCUGUCGUUGGUCAAGAUGCUUCGGUAGGUGAAUGGUCGAGGGUUGAAGGAACACCAUCGGAUCCUGAUCCAAAUAAACCCUUUGCAAAAAUGGACAAUCAACCACUCUUCAACAGUGACGGACGUUUAAACCCUUCAAUUACUAUAUUGGGUGCAGGCGUAGUGGUUCCAGCAGAAACCAUACUUCUUAAUUCCAUAGUUUUACCGCACAAACACCUCACGAGGAGCUUCAAGCACGAAAUUAUUUUAUAG